AUGCUAAACAGUAGUAAUGCGAAGAAUCCUACUGACUCCAAUCCGAAUAUUAAAAGAUUAAAUGAACUCGUUAGUAAAUUUGUAAAGGAUGAUGACUUAAAUGCAACGUUAGAUGUGAUGCUACAGGAAGGUGUGGAACUAUUACAAAAUUAUCGACUCGAAUGUGAGAAGUUAGAUAAUUUCAAAACUAAGGAUGAAUACCAAUUUCAUGACGUUUAUCGUACGAGCGAAUCUGCUUAUCUGUAUUUCAAUAUCUUAUACCAGUUAAUCUUUAAACGAAUCCCUAUAACUAAUGAAUUCAGAAUAAGUCUCAAUAGUCCAUCAAGCGAUCACAGUACUAGACUUCUUCAAAUAUACUCCACUUUAAAGAAAACAGUUCAAGAAGAUCGUAGAAUCCAAGAAAUUGAAACGUUCUUAGCCAAAUUUUCAACAGCUUACGAAUUGGAGAACAAGUUCCCCAAAUCUAAAACUAUCCAUCAAGUGACAAAUUUAUCAGACUCAUUUAUAUUACCUGAGAAACUCCAUGAUUUACUUUCAUCACAUAAAAGAAAUCUGUUAUUAAUUGAUGUCCGAACAAGGAAAGAAUUCGACACAUUACAUAUUGAUGCUCCAAUUAUCCUUCCAAUUGGACCGUUGUCAUUUAAAAGUACAUUUACUGACCUUCAAAUUGAACAAACUUCUCUCUUAACGUCUACAUUUCAAGAACGAAAUUAUUUUAAGAAAAGAAAUCAAUUUAGAUAUAUCGUUCUGUAUACGAAAGAUGAUAACGACACUACAUAUUAUUAUACACAAGUGAUUUCAUUGUUUAAUAUCCUCACAAUUGCUGCAUCAAAGAGAAACAUAGACCAGAUAUGCCCAUCCAUAUUUAUCCUAAAAGGGGGUAUAACAAGUUGGGUUCAACACUCUUAUGAAUGUAAAACAAAUUUAACAGGUAAAACUGCAAAUCAGUAUAAUCAAAAUUUAUUUAAGAGAUCCAAAGAUUCCAGCAUAUAUAAGCAUGUAGCGUUAUCGGAUAACUCUUUGAAUGAAGGAUCGAAAACAUGUAAUCCAAUAGUACCAGCCAGCGUCCAAACGGUAAUACCUAAUUUUAUACCACCAUCACAUUCGAAAUCUACCAUAUGUUUAAUGAAAAAUGAACAACCUCAAGCCCUAUAUAAUCAUCAGGUGAUACCAAACCUAAUCCAUAGAGCUCCAUUAGAUACUGAAUCAAACAACACGCAGAACGUUCCAAUGGGUUUUAAAAAUCCAAUACCACAAAUGUAUGAAAUCCCGAAAUACAAUCCAUCAGUAAACUCAGGACCCAAACUACCUCUUUUGCCACCUACGGCCAAUCCCCAGCAAAUAGUACCUAAGCUUGAUUUAGACUUUACAACAGGAUUAGAAAACGUGAAAAAUUCAUGCUAUAUGAACUGUGUAAUCCAGUGCUUAUUAAGUACGCAUGACUUAACAAAGUUAUAUUUGACGAAUGCAUUCUUAACUCAAAUUAAUGUUGAGAAUAAAUUGGGAUCGAAGGGGUUUCUCUCGAAAAAUUUUGCAAAUUUGAUUCAAACAAUGUAUAAGAAAAGUGCAUUCCAACCUUAUAAUCCGAAUUUUCUACAUCCAGUAGCACCUUUAGAGUUCAAAAAUGCAUGCGGUAUGAUGAACAGUAUAUAUGCUGAGUCAACAGAACAAGAUUGUCAAGAAUUUUGUGAAUUUUUAUUAGAUGGAUUGCAUGAAGAUUUAAAUCAAUGUAGUGGGAAUCCAAGGCCCAAGGAAUUAAGCGCAAAUGAAGCAGAAUUGAGAGAAAGUUUAUCAAUGAGAAUAGCCUCAGAAAUUGAGUGGGAGUCAUUUCUCACAACUAAUUUUAGUCCCAUAAUAAAUCUGUUUCAAGGACAAUACGCUUCAAGAUUACAAUGUCUUAUUUGUCAACAUACAUCGACGACGUACCAACCGUUUUCCUUGUUAUCAAUUCCAGUACCAUCAAUGGUUUUCUCCAAUGGCCAAACUUGCAACAUAUUGGAUUGUUUCAAAGAAUUUACUAAAUGUGAAAGGUUAGAUAAUGAUGAGAAAUGGUUUUGUCCGAAAUGUCGAAGGAAACAAAUAUCAACCAAACAGUUGAAAAUUACUAGAUUACCUAAAAAUUUGAUCAUUCAUUUCAAACGAUUCGAUAAUUUUAUGAAUAAGAAUAAUAUAUUCGUCCAAUACCCAUAUCAAUUAGAUCUAACAUCGUUAUGGGUUAAUGAUUAUGAUGGGAAGUUGCCACCAAAUUUCAAUGAACCGCCGCCGUCAAGAGGACAAACACCACCAUUCAAAUAUAAAUUGAAUGCUGUCUCAUGCCAUUCCGGAAACUUGGGGAGCGGUCAUUAUACUGCAUAUGUUGAUAAAGGUUUAUAUCGUGGUUGGUUUCGAUUUGAUGAUGCGUCGUAUAGACCAGUUAAAUUUGGUACAGAGUUCCUCACGCCUGAUGCAUAUUUAUUAUUUUAUCAACGUAUUUACGAGUAA